AUGGCCUUGAUGGUUUUCCUAAUUACGUUCUUGUUCAUUGUAAGUUCUCAUUUAUCGAUCAUAUUAGCCAGUGAUCAUCUUUCUCAGCAGAGUAAUUCGGAAAUAUAUAUUGUCCGCGUUGAGUCACCUGAAAAUUUACAUGCCUGGCACCAGUAUUCAUUAUUGUCUGAUGUGUCCUCGAGCGUAAUAUAUUCCUAUCGAAAUGUCUUCAAUGGUUUUGCGGCUAGAUUAUCACCAGAUGAAGUGAAGGCAUUGGAAACGCAAGAUGGAUUUAUUUCCAUAAGACCUCAAAGGGUAUUGCGUAUACAAACAACUCACAGUCCAAGCUUCUUAGGAUUAAACCAAAAUUUAGGCUUCUGGAAUAUGUCUAACUAUGGUGAAGGUGUGAUUAUUGGUCUGUUGGACACUGGAAUUUAUCCAGAACAUCCUUCGUUUGACGAUGAAGGAAUUCCUCCUCCUCCUGCUAAGUGGAAGGGGAAGUGUGAGUUUAACUUCACAGCAUGUAACAACAAGCUCAUUGGAGCUAGAGACUUUUCGGUGUUUGAAGGUGGGACGCCACUAGAUGAAAAUGGGCACGGUACACAUACUUCAAGCACUGCUGCAGGAAAUUUCGUUGAUGGAGCGAAUGUAUUUGGCAGUGCUAAUGGCACAGCGGCUGGCAUUGCACCCCGUGCUCACUUGGCUAUGUACAAAGUGUGCAAUCCAAGUGGCCAGUGUUCCGAAAGUGACAUGUUGGCUGCGAUGGAUGCUGCAAUUGAAGAUGGUGUUGAUGUCAUAUCCAUUUCUAUUGGUGGAAUUUCAAGCCCUUUUUGGGAUGACAAUAUUGCACUUGGUGCGUUUAGUUCUAUGGCAAAGGGAAUUUUCGUAAGUUGCUCAGCUGGAAAUGACGGUCCAUAUAAUGCAACCUUAUCUAAUGAAGCCCCUUGGAUUCUAACUGUCGGUGCUAGCACCACCGAUAGACAACUGAAGGCUACCUUGGCACUUGGAAACGGCGUAGAAUAUGAUGGUGAAUCAACAUCUCAACCUACAUUGAACAACAGUUAUUUUGGUGCUUUUGUUUGUAGCCCAGACUCACUUACAAAUGUUGAAGGAAAAUUAGUGUUGUGUGGAACGGGUGGCGCGACAGCAAUUGCAAAAGGACAGCCUGUGAAAGAUGCUGGUGCUGCUGGCAUGAUUCUAAUGAAUGAAGAUAUUGAAGGUUACAGUAUACCUGCACACGAUUAUGUUCUUCCAGCAACACGCAUCAGCUAUGCAGAUGCACAAGAUCUCAUAGCAUAUAUAAACUCGACAUCAACCCCUAUGGCCACUAUUUUAUUUAAGGGUACUGUAAUUGGAAAUAAACAUGCUCCUUCAGUUGCUUUCUUUUCUUCCAGAGGCCCAAGCAGAGAGAGUCCGGGCAUAUUAAAACCAGAUAUUGUUGGCCCCGGAUUCAAUAUCCUUGCAGCUUGGCCGACCUCCAUUGAAAAUAAUACUCAUACAAACUUGACAUUCAAUAUGAUUUCUGGAACCUCAAUGGCUUGUCCUCACCUUGCUGGAGUUGCAGCUUUGCUAAAAAGUGCUCAUCCAGAUUGGUCUCCUGCUGCUAUUAAGUCAGCGAUUAUGACCACUGCUGAUCUGGUUAAUCUUGGCAACAAUCCGAUCGAGGAUGAAAGACAUUUACCAGCUAACAUAUUUGCAAUUGGAGCAGGACAUGUGAAUCCGUCAAGAGCAAAUGAUCCUGGUCUAAUCUAUGACAUCCAGCCUCAGGAUUACGUGCCUUAUUUAUGUGGCUUAAACUACACAGAUCAACAAGUUAGCGCGACCCUGCAAAAAAAGGUGAAUUGCAAAACUAGUAUACCCGAGGCAGAGCUAAACUAUCCUUCAUUUUCUAUCAAACUUGGUUCAAAGACUCAGGAAUAUACAAGGGCUGUAACUAAUGUCGGUGAGGCUAAUUCGACUUACACUGUGGCGAUUUCACCACCUAAAGGUAUUGAGAUAACUGUGAGUCCUAGCAGUUUGCACUUUUCUGAAGUAAAGGAGAGGAUGGCCUAUCAAGUAACAUUUAAACGUUCAGCGUCUGGCACUGUCAGCAACACGAACUUUGUGCAAGGAUAUUUGAAAUGGUCAUCAGAAAAGCACUCUGUUCGAAGUCCAAUUGCAGUUAUUUUGGAGUAG